AACUUGGAAUGGAUGUUACAAGUUUGAGCCUGCAGCAUCUCUCUCUAUCAAGCUUCCAGAAAAAAGUCAUGCGCUUGUCUAUUACCCAGCGAUGUUUUCGAGCUACAAUUUGAACACACGUGGAAAGUUUUAUAGCAAGUGGAAGUAGGAACGGUUCAUUUUCCUCAAGUUUUGCGAUGGGAUCGAAGUCAAAAUGCUACAAGUGUAGCAAACCAGGACAUUUUGCGAAGGAAUGUAGGUCUGCCUCAGAGAACAGAAGUGGCAGUGGGGCGAGUUUUGGAGACAGAAGCUGUUACAUUUGUGGAGAAACUGGACAUAUAUCCAAAAGCUGCAGCAAAAAGAGUGAUGAAUGCUAUUCAUGUGGUCAAAAGGGUCAUAUGCAGAGAGACUGUCCAGAGAAUACAGAUGGCAAGAGAGAGUGCUACAAUUGUGGAAAAAUAGGUCACUUUGUCAGAGAUUGUCCAAUGUCUGAAGAUAAAGGGAUAGAUGCUGAAACUGGCUGCUACAAGUGUGGUAGGGAGGGCCAUUUUGCACGGGACUGUGGUACAAAAUGCUACCGUUGUGGAAAGACAGGCCAUUUUGCACGCGACUGUUCCUUGGAUGCAACAACGGUUUGCUACAAGUGUAAUAAACCAGGCCAUUUUGCUCGUGAUUGUACAUCUGAAAGCCAGUCCUGUUACAACUGUGGCCAACAAGGCCACUUGAAGCGGGACUGCACACAGAAGGUUCAAAAUGAUGUGAAAUGUUACCGUUGUAAUGAGACUGGACACUAUGCACGGGAUUGCACAACUGAGUAACGAAACAGGACCUAAAGUGUUAAUUCUGAACUGAACUCUCCCCACUUAGUUAUUUGAGGCUAGUAAAACCCUAAUUACUCAAGUUUAAACUUAGUUUGGGUCAAGAAUCUGUUAAAAUUAGUUCUCUACAGGUUAAAGUGUAUAUGCUUAUUGGUAAUGAUGAUCAGUUUCAUUGCCAUUUUAGAGGCUUUUUUCCCUCCAUUUGAGUGCUUUGUGUUCCACUCUGUACAACACAUGAAAGUGAUCAGUGACACUUGAGGAACAUUGCAAUAGCUGAAAGCUUGAAAGUAGGUAGUUUCCUCUUUUUUAGCAAACCUUCAUUUCUUAUCUACCUUAACUUAUUGUCUGUGUAGUUUUACAAUGCCUUGUUUGAUAAUAAGUUCAAUUCAAUUGUUAGAAGAAUCGUUAUAUGUAUGUAAGUUGUUUCAAAUUGUAAUUGGACUGGUUUGAAUAUGAAUGAAAAUUGGUGUCUUUUUUUAUUGUAUAAGGUAUUGAGAACAUUCUUUGGCAAGCUACUGAUCUUUGAUUAAUUGAAUCUAUUGAACACUUAAUUUUGUUAACCCUUUAACCCCUAGGAGUGAUUUGCAUCUAAUUUAUCCUUAUAACAUCACCCCUUAAUCACACACAAAGAUCAGAAAACUUAGGAAAUGAUCACAAACUAAAGAAGCUCUUGACUGUCAAAUUCUUCUCGUCAGCACCUUAGGAAAUGUAUGAAGAACAGUAUGGAGGAAUAUGCAUACUGAUGUUAGGGUGGGAAGGGUUAACAGCUUUUUAAGUGAGAGUGUAUUUUGGAUGUAGUAUUUGUAAUUUUUCAUUUUACAGUCAUUCAAAUGAAACACUGGUCAGAUUCAAGUGCACCAUUUGUUACUGAUGCACUUAUCAUUUUUAUUUUCACUUUGCCUGUAUUAACCCUUUAACUCCCAUGAGUGAUCAAGACAGAAUUUCUCCUUAUAAUAUCAAUACAAUAUCAAGCAGACAAGUGAUGAGAAUAAAGAUAAAUAUUAAUUAGGAGAUUAUAUGUUGAUCCAAUACCAAAUUCUCCAAAUCAACAUCACUACAACUGUAUGACAGACAGUAAAGAGAAUUACUAAUGAGAUCUUGGGAGUUAAAGAGUUAAGGCAAAGCACUGGAGCACUCCAGAUUAUGUGAACUACUAGUGAAACAAAAAUAACAACGUACAUAUUUAGAUUUUCCAUACUGGUAACAGUAGACAUGGUUUUUUUCAAGACUGUGUAUUUGCUGGCAAUUUAUACCUUGUGUUGCAUAACACAUCAGUCAAACACCAGGCUUGCACUAGAGGAGUAAUUCUGACUGGCUGUGCACCAAUUUCCCAUGCAAAAUAUCAAAAGGAAACAUAUAUAGAAAACAACAACUGGCUCCCAAAAUAAGCAAAAGAAAGCAGAAAUGUUCACAGAAAUCUAUCAAAGGCAACAAAAGUAGGACAAAGGAAAAUCAAUAAUUAUUCAAACAAAAGGCUUGCUUUAAUGUGAGUAUCCUGUUGAUAUACCUUUGCUUUACCAGCAAAAUGUUUUUAAAACACCCUGACUUACUGGUUUGUGUGUUUUUGUCACCUGAGUGAGACAACUUGGUUCUGACUGCCUUAAAACAAGCCACUUAGUCAUUACAAUGUUUGUACAUGCACAGACAUGGGACUGCUGUGUUGUAGUACAUGUAGUUUCAUGGGAAAUCUGUGUUAAGCCAGUUAUUAAUUUGUGUGCUAUUUAGUAGCCCAAGAGGUGGUGCAAAUUAAGAAAAACACUUCCUGAUUGUGGUAUUGAUUUGUUCUUUGUGUACAUUAUAAUGUUGAAGAGAGGGUCAGUCAUAACUUAUUACACAUGGUAAACUAACUGCACACCUACAGUAACUGCACACCUACACCUCCCCUAACCUAACAGCAGUUGACUGAUAUCAAAUAAGGGUUAUUGUUGGGUUACGGGAGGGGUAGAUGUGCAGUUACUUAGAUAUUGACUUUGACCCAAAGAGUUUUAACCCACAUUGAGUGCAACCAACUUCAGACUACCAAGAAUCAGACAAACAAAAUUCGAAGAGGUUGUGGAAUUCUCAUUUUUCCUGUGGAAGUCUUUUGGAAUACAUUGUUUUAAUGAAAUGAGCAGUUUUAAUCCUGGAACUUAAAAUCCUUUUCACAUCCUUACAAAAUGAGGGAUUUUAAGAAUGUUCAAAACCAAAAGCGAAAGUGUCUAUUUAUUAGUAAACAAUAGAGAAAUUUAAUUAUUUUUCAAAUUGUAUUUCUAAAUGUUUGUAGUGCUGAAGAAGCUGUGGAGUUGAAAUAAAGUUGACUCAGGUGUUAUGAGAUGUACAA